GUUGUUACGUCAUCAGUGCGCGACGCGCAGGAGCGGGCGCAUACCGGCAUCAGCUGCAGGUUAUGUGGGGGGUUUGUGUUUAUGAAGAUCGUGUUUUGGACUUAAGAUGAAAAUCACCAAGAAGACCCACAUCUUCAUCACAGCAGUUUGUAAUUGAAGAUGGAGGCACUUUGGCAUAAUUGUGAAUGCUGACCUCACCCUAGACGUCCUCACCUCACCCUAGACGUCCUCACCUCACCUGACUUUAAACACCCAUGUGACUGAAUGAAUCUCACCCAAAUCUCCACAAGCACACUCCAAAACCUAGUGCAACAUCUUCCCUGAAGAGCAGAGGUUAUUAUAGCCGCGAACAGGGAUUCCUUAUCAGAGAUGAGCGCUCUAUUUGAAACCCGUCCAAAUCCAGAAAGCCAGAGAUUCCCUGCAGCGAUGAGACGCCAGAGAUCACCAGGUACUAUUUUUUUGCUGAAAACCCUGCUGUUCCUGUUCGUCCUGACCUGGCACGUGCUGACCGUUCAAUCGGACGAGGAUUACUAUAAAUUGCUGGGUAUUUCGAGGGAAGCGAGCACCCGGGAGAUUCGCCAGGCCUUCAAGAAGCUCGCUCUCACCAUGCACCCGGAUAAGAACCCGAACGACGCCACGGCCCACGAGAAGUUCCUGACGAUUAACCGGGCGUACGAGGUGUUGAAAGAUGAAGACCUGAGAAAGAAAUACGAUAAGUACGGAGAGAAGGGCUUGCAAGACGAGCAGCAGGGAGGCAGAUACGAAAGCUGGAACUUCUACAGAUACGAUUUCGGCAUUUACGAUGAAGAUGCGGAAGUUAUAACCCUGGACAGAGGGGAUUUUGAUGCAGCAGUGAACUCUGGAGAGGUUUGGUUUGUGAAUUUCUACUAUCCCCGAUGUUCCCACUGUCACGAAUUGGCUCCGACGUGGCGGGAGUUUGCAAAAGAGAUGGAUGGCGUAAUCCGGAUUGCUGCGGUAAACUGUGGGGACAACACCAGGCUGUGUCGCAGUAAAGGCAUCAAUAGCUACCCGAGUCUGUACAUCUUCAGGGCUGGAAUGAAUCCUGAGAAAUACUAUGGCGACCGCUCCAAGGCCAGCCUCACCAAGUUCGCGAUGCAGUUUGUGACAACUAAAGUGACAGAACUGUGGCAAGGGAAUGUUUUCACUGAAAUCGAUCAGGCCUUUGCUGCUAGGAUCGGGUGGCUCAUAUCUUUCUGUGCAGACACCGGAGAUUGUCUGGAGUCUCAGACGAGACAGAAGCUUGCUGGAAUGUUGAGUGGUCUAGUGAAGGUGGGCUGGAUGGACUGCACCUUACACACUGACCUGUGUGAAAGCUUUAAAAUCACUACCAGCAAGACGGCUCUGUUUCCACCUGGCAGCUCUCUGGCACAGGAGGGCAGUGUGCUGUUUCUAAAGACUCUAGAUGCCAGAGAGAUCUACACCCAGGUGUUGCAGCACAUGCCCGACCUGGAGAUUCUCACGGAGCACAACUUUGAGGAGAAACUCGCUCGGCACCGCUGGCUCAUUAGUUUUACCUUCGGGGAGAAGAACACGGCGACCCACGAGUACAAGAAGCUCAGCGCUCGGCUCAUAGACUACCACAUACAGGUGGGGAAGGUGAACUGCAUGUCCGAAGCAGAUCUAUGCGCUUCCCUCUACAUCCAAAAGCCGUGCGUGGCCGUUUUUAAAGGCCUCGGCAUCCACAACUUCGAGAUCCACCACGGGAAAGACGCUCUCUAUAACAUUGUGGCAUUCGCAAAAGAGAGCGUGAGCGCCCACGUUACCACCCUACGGCCAGAGAAUUUCCCCCGGGACGAGAAAGAGCCUUGGCUUGUGGACUUUUUUGCCCCUUGGUGUCCCCCGUGUCGUGCGCUGCUUCCCGAGCUCAGAAAAGCCUCCGUACAGCUUCACGGUCAGAUGAAGUUCGGCACUCUGGACUGCACCAUACACACAGGACUGUGCAACAUGUACAACAUUAAUGCCUAUCCAACCACCGUUAUCUUCAACAAAUCCAGCAUCCAUGAGUAUGAAGGGCACCAUUCAGCGGAUGGCAUUCUAGAGUUCAUCGAGGACCUGGUUAACCCUGCGGUGGUCAUGUUGGACCCGGACUCUUUUCAGCAGUUGGUGAAGAGGAGGAAGCACACGGAAACAUGGAUGGUGGACUUCUAUGCACCGUGGUGUGGCCCAUGCCAGGCUUUGCUCCCUGAGUUGAGGAGAAUGGCUCGGAUGGUGAGCGGGAUGAUAAACGUUGGAACGGUGGACUGUCAGAAGUACCAUUCAUUUUGCCAGAGCGAGAGCGUGCGGGCCUACCCAGAGAUCCGACUCUACCCACAAAACAGCAACCGCCGAGACCAAUUUCAAAGCUUCAACGGCUGGCACAGAGAUGCUCACUCUCUCAAGACCUGGGCGCUUGGCUCUCUGCCUCGUGCCUCAGUCGACUUAUCACCCGAGGAUUUUAAGAGGAACAUUCUGGAAGGGAAGGAACACUGGGUGCUGGACUUUUACGCCCCGUGGUGUGGCCCAUGUCAACAUUUUGCCCCGGAGUUCGAGAUCCUCGCUCGGAUGCUGAAGGGCACAGUAAGGGCAGGGAAGGUUGACUGCCAGGCACACUAUAACAUGUGUCAGCGCGCAGGCAUCAAGUCCUACCCCACCGUCCGCUUUUACCCCUACCUGGGCACUACACGGCUACACCAGGGAGGAGAAUAUAUCAACAGCCAGAACUCCAACGUCAUUUCUGAUAUCAUCCAGCAGAGACUCCAGCAGCUCAGCAAGCGCAAGAAACCCGAAUUUAAGGAUGAGCUAUAAAAGCUCCUACAUCUACUAAUUCUCUGGCAGCAUGGGAUGAACUUUAUACACUCCUAGGAUGCUAAAAGACUUCUGUUGAGAUAAACGGCAUCGGAGAAAGUGUGCGGAAGUAUUUUUACCUCAGAGUGUGAGACGCGACGUCACGUCAUGACAAUCUUCCACAGUUUAACCACCAGUAUAAUGGUUCGGAAACCAAGGCAAUGUUUCGGACUCUGAGUGUGUGUGUGUGUUUGUAUUGAAAAAAUGUCCCGUAUACAGCAUGCACAUGAUUUAUUUUUGUCAAGGCAAAAAUGGCAGAAGUGAUAAAUCCAGACAGGUUUUUCAGUUUUAUCCCUGUUGUGUUUGAGUGUGCGAGCAUGUUCUUAUAAAAACGGUUUUAUUUAAUGCUGCUUUCAGUAAUGAUAUAAUUUUUUUCUACUAAAGCCCUGUCAUGAUUUAUGCAGAUUGGUUAUUUCAUUUUGCUUAUUACUUUAUCAACAGUAUCCAGAUUUCUCUUCUUGAUCACAGAUUACUGGACUGUAAAGCGAUAACGUGUGUCCUGUAGUGUUGGGAUUGGCCGUUCUGUAGUCAGGAAAAUAAGUAACGUCUUCUCAUAGUCAUGUACUACUGUUUUGCUUGGAUACAUGGUGUAGAAUAAAGGGUUUAUUUUUUGUUUUUUGUUUUUUUACAAA